UAUAAUUCUUUGUGUAUAAUGGUGAAUAAUUCCUUGUCCUUGGAGAAUUUUUUCAAGGAAUAGAUAAUUUCUUUUUGGGCCAACCUUUUCUAUUUCUUCCCCUCUUUGUUUUAAUCUUUGGGGUUUGCCACUUUUCUUUCUCCUCUUCCCCCAUCAGACAAUCAAAAAAAUGGCAGCUCACAAUCAUCGUUUCCUCUUUGUAGGAAACAAUCAUCAUUGCUUCCCAGUUCCCACAAUUCCUUUCAACCCUAGGAACCUGAGCUCCUCCUUCUUCCUUGAAUUUAAAUACCCUAUGCUUGCUCACCUCCCUUCCUCCUCCAAUCUCACCAUCUUUCUCUUCUCCUGAGCUUUCUUUUUCUCAUUGAGUUUCCAGCAGAGAAAGAGCCAGAAGAGAUGGAUCCUUCUUCCACCAACUCUGUCAAUGGCUUCUAUAGCCUGCUCACAAGAGGGAUUGAUGAUCUUGAGCGCAUCUCUCUGUCUCACAGCUUCAUGUCGGUCCAAUUCCUCCAGAGGGUGCUCUCGGUCCUUAGGUCCUUCCACACCAGCUUGUCCCUGCUUGUCCAGAAACUUCACUUGCCUGUGGGAGACAAGUGGCUGAACGAGUACAUGGACGAGAGCUCCAAGCUGUGGGACGCAUGCCAUGUCCUCAAGUCUGGAGUCUCUGGCUUGGAGAAUUGCUGCUCUGCUGGAUUGAAUGUGAUCUCCUUGUUCGAUGCUCACCAUCAUCACCUGAGCCCACAAGUCUCUAGACAGGUUAUUAGGGCGAUCAAUGGGUGCAGGAGAGAAGCCGUGGGCCUGGAGGAGGAAAACAGGGCACUCAUGGAGAUGAAGUUCAGGCCACUCUCGCUGAGAUUCGAAGAGAUGGGCGGCGCUUUCGAAUCGAAGCUCCACGGGUUCAAUGGCUUCAGGGGAGCUCUGUACGCGAUGAAGAACGUGAGCUCUCUGCUCAUAAUGAUCCUGCUAUACGGGCUGGUCUAUUACUGGCCAGAGGGAUCGAAUAUCCUUGGGAAAGAGUAUGAGAUGGAAGGGUGCUUGUUCUACGGGUCAUCUUUCAUGGUGUCCACGGCGAGGCUGAAGCAGAGGGUGGCCUCUGAGAUUGACCAGGUGAGCGGCGGGGGUGGGACAGGGAUUUUGGCUCAGGAGUACAGGAGGUCGAGGACGGCCAUGGAUGAGCUGAGAGGCGAGCUGGAGAAGAUUUGCUCGGUGGGAGGGGCGGAUUUUGAGUCGCAGGUGAGGGUCAGGGAGAGGGUGGAACACUUGAGAGGGUGUUUUGGGGUGUUGAGAUCAGGUGCUGAGAAUAUCGUGGGCCAGCUUGAUGAUUUCUUUGAUGAGAUAGUUGAAGGGAGGAAGAAGCUUUUGGACUUUUGCAGCCACAGGUAGUGAAGGGGCAAACAAAGCGCAAAACAGAGAUCAGUUACGGUGGGCUAAAAUCGAAAAGAACGAGAAAGAGAGGGAAAGAGAGAGAGAGAGAGAGAGAGAGAGAGAGAGUUCACUAGCUUCGUGUUCAGGGAAAAACCACAUGUAGAGAAAUUUCUUGAUGUUGGUUGUACCUUUUGCCUUAUUUUAUUACUUCUUUUUCUUAGGUUUCCUCCUCUCCGGAGUCUCUCUUUCGUGGUCAUUCUGUUUCCUACGGUUAGUAAGUAUACCAUGAGAACUUUUGGAGAA